GCGAGCUGGGGUCGUGCCCCUGAGCCGGGCUCUCUCCAGCUGCCCCCGCCCUUCUGACACUGCCUCCCCAUUGCGCGAGCUGGGGUCGUGCCCCUGAGCCGGGCUCGCUGCAGCUGCCCCCGCCCUUCUGACACUGCCUCCCCACUGCGCGAGCUGGAGUCGUGCCCCCUGAGCUGGGCUCUCUCCAGCUGCCCCUGCCCUUCUGACACUGCCUCCCCAUUGCGGUGAGCUGGGGUCGUGCCCCCUGAGCUGGGCUCGCUCCAGCCGUCCCUGCCCUUCUGAUACUGCCUCCCCACUGCGGCGAGCUGGGGUCGUGCCCCCUGAGCCGGGCUCGCUCCAGCCAUCCCGCGCCAUUGGACGCGCCUCUGCAGACGGCCAGGUUGUCCGGUGAGUUCGGACAUGGCCUCGGAGGCGGUGAAGGUCAUAGUGCGCUGCCGGCCCAUGAACGAGCGAGAGAAGGCGCUCAGCUGCCAGGCCGUGGUCAGCAUGGACAGCCCCCGGGGCCAGUGCUUUAUCCAGAACCCAGGGGCCACUGACGAGCCCCCGAAGCAGUUCACCUUCGACGGGGCGUACUAUGAGAGCCACAACACUGAACAGAUCUACAAUGAAAUUGCCUACCCGCUGGUGGAGGGUGUUACUGAGGGCUACAAUGGCACCAUUUUUGCCUAUGGCCAGACUGGCAGUGGGAAGUCAUUUACCAUGCAGGGCAUUGUGGACCCUCCUACACAGAAAGGCAUAAUUCCCAGAGCAUUUGAACACAUUUUUGAGAGCGUGCAGUGUGCUGAAAACACCAAAUUCUUGGUGAGAGUCUCUUACCUGGAGAUCUACAAUGAAGACAUAAGAGAUUUGCUAGGAGCCGACACCAAGCAAAAGUUGGAGCUGAAGGAGCACCCAGAGAAAGGGGUGUAUGUGAAAGGACUCUCCUUGAACACCGUGCACAGCGUGGCCCAGUGCGAGCGCAUCAUGGAGAUGGGUUGGAGAAACCGAGCAGUGGGCUACACCCUGAUGAACAAGGAUUCUUCCCGCUCCCAUUCCAUCUUCACCAUCAACAUGGAGAUCUAUGCUGUAGAUGAGAGAGGGCAGGAUCACCUGAGGGCUGCAAAACUCAACUUGGUGGAUCUGGCUGGAAGCGAGAGGCAGUCCAAAACUGGAGCCACAGGGGAGCGUCUCAAAGAAGCCACGAAAAUUAACCUCUCUCUCUCAGCUCUGGGCAAUGUCAUCUCAGCCCUGGUAGAUGGUAGGUGCAAACAUAUCCCCUAUCGAGACUCAAAGCUGACCCGGUUGCUGCAGGACUCCCUUGGAGGAAACACCAAGACCCUCAUGGUGGCCUGUCUGUCUCCUGCUGAUAACAACUACGACGAGAGCCUCAGCACUUUGCGCUACGCCAACCGGGCAAAGAACAUCAAGAACAAGCCCCGUAUCAAUGAAGAUCCCAAAGAUGCUCUGCUGAGGGAGUAUCAAGAGGAGAUCAGGAAGCUGAAGGCCAUUUUGGCUGAACAGAUGAACACAAAUAACUUGUCAGGUCUGUUACCUGCUGAGACUGCUCAGCUGGAAGUGAAGCCAGCUCUCCUACCUGAACCCCAGCCAGAUGUUGAGGCAGAGAAGCAGCUGAUCAGAGAAGAGUAUGAGGCGAAGCUGGCCCAGCUGAAGGCAGACUAUGAAGCCGAGCAAGAAUCCCGCGCCCGACUUGAGGAGGACAUCAAUACCAUGCGGACUUCCUAUGACCUCAAGCUGUCCACUCUGGAGGAAAACCUCAGGAAGGAAGCAGAUGCUGUCCUGAGGGUUGAAACUCUCCCUGACCAAGCACCUUUGUCUCCAGGCCCUGUUGUCGCCAUCCCAGAAACAGCACAGGUGUCCACCAAGGACACAGCAGAGCCUCAGAUAGCCCAGUACGUCGGCAGUGUGACCAGAGAGAGUCCUGGAGCAGAAGUGGCUGUUGCUGCUGAGGAGAUUCAAGUGGCUGUAGACCAGCAGCAAGUGCUUGCCAGGCUGCACAUGCUGGAACAACAGGUGGUUGGAGGAGAACAGGCCAAAAACAAGGACCUGAAGGAAAAGCACAAACAUCGGAAAAAAUAUGCAGAUGAACGGAAGAAGCAGCUGGUGGCAGCACUGCAGAAAAUUGAUGAGGACAGCAGUGACUGGGUCCUGCUCAAUGUCUAUGACUCUAUCCAAGAGGAGGUCCGAGCCAAGAGCAAGCUGCUGGAGAAGAUGCAGAAGAAGCUGCGAGCUGCUGAGACCGAAAUCAAAGACUUGCAGUCAGAGUUUGAGUUGGAGAAGAUUGAUUAUCUUGCCACCAUCCGCCGGCAGGAGCAAGACUGCUUGCUCUUUCAGCAGCUUCUGGAUCAGGUGCAGCCCCUCAUACGGCGUGACUGUAACUAUAGCAACCUAGAUAAGAUCAGAUGUGAGUCCAUCUGGGAUGAGGACAGCGGCUGCUGGAAACUCCCAGAGCUUGUCAUUCAAAAAACCAGCCUUCCUGCAGCAGUUCCAUCACUGCCACAGACUAAGCCAGCCAGGAAGAGCGCCUCAGGCGAGAACGGAGAGCUGCUGAUGCAGGAAGAAGACCGCUACAAACUGAUGCUGAACAGGAGUGACAGUGAGAAUAUUGCCAGUAACUAUUUCCGGUCCAAGCGAGCCAGCCAGAUCCUCAGUGCUGAUCCUAUGAAGAGUCUUGCCUGUCAUAACUCCCCUCCUGUGCUGAGCGCCCCCCUGAACAACAACACCUCCAGCAUGGCACUUGUCUCUCCUUCACAGACUGUGGAGAUGCCCCAGCCACGUCCUUUCCGCCUUGAGUCGCUUGACUUCACCACACCGUCCUCCAAAACAAAGCGCAAGAAGGGCAAAAACAACUUCAGCAGUGACCCCUUCUGAGUGAACUGGCCUCAGAUGAAUACGGAUCCUUCUGAUUGUAGUGGCCUUCGUGGACUCCAGUCCCCUGUGGCCCCUGGUGGCAGUGUCUGUUCAGAUUGCAGCAACCUACCUUGGCAGUUACCCUCUUAACAAUGUAGCAUUUGGUGGCAGAAAUCCUCUUAUCAUAGCAGCUUUUGGAAGGGACAGUUUGCC